GUUUGGUGCUGGCAUUUCGUCGUCUGCGGCUUUUCCUCGUCCUCUAGAUUCUGUGCUGAUCAUCGGAGGGCCGCCUUCCAUCAGUGUCACCAUCCACAGUUUCCCGGUCCCACCAAGCAUCACCACCACUCGCACAGAGCCAAGUCGCUCAAUUGACCAGCGCAACAUGUCCUUCUCCAGUCUCGUCCAGGAACUUAGCCUCCGCGAUGCCAACAGCGCUCGCCGGCCCGGUCCUGCCCCUUCAGUCUCAACAUUCGAUGACCGGGCGUCGCACGUCUCUCGCACCAUGUCUGGCUAUGCCAGCACCGCAGCCACCAGCGUGAGCAUCUCUGGCGACAUCGGCAGCCAGCUUCACGGCGGCUACUUUCACCCUCUGGCUCGUUCCUGGCAGUCUGAGCGCCAGCUGACAAAGUCUAUGCUCAUCUACCCCAUCUUUGUUACCGACGGCGAGAAUGACAUGGUCGAAGUGGCUUCUCUUCCUGGCCAGUUCCAAGUCAGCAUUGACAGACUGACUGGCUUCCUUGAGCCUCUCGUCCACAAGGGCCUGCGAUCCGUCAUGCUGUUUGGCGUUCCCCUAAAGGCUGGCACCAAGGACAUCUUGGGCAGCGCAGCUGAUGACCCCGAGGGCCCAGUCAUCCAGGCCAUCCAGCUCAUCCGCCGCCGCUUCCCUCAAAUCUUCAUCUGCGCUGACGUCUGCCUCUGCGAGUAUACCUCUCACGGCCACUGUGGUAUCUUGCGAGAUGACAGCAGCCUGAACAACCAGAUGUCUGUCGACCGCAUCUCUGAUGUUGCCAUCGCUUAUGCAAAGGCUGGAGCGCACUGUGUAGCCCCCUCAGAUAUGAACGAUGGCCGUAUUCGUGCUAUCAAGCUGAAGCUGAUUGAGGAGGGCAUUGCUCACAAGACGUUGCUCAUGUCGUACUCUGCCAAAUUUUCUGGCUGUUUGUACGGGCCCUUCCGGGACGCAGCCGGCUCUGCCCCGUCAUUUGGCGACCGCAGGUGCUACCAGCUCCCCCCUGGAGGUCGUGGCCUUGCUCGCCGAGCCAUUGUCCGUGACAUGAACGAAGGUGCCGACAUCAUCAUGGUUAAGCCCGCCGGCCAGUACCUCGACAUUAUCAGUGACGCUAAGGAACUUGGCAAAGACUUGCCCAUUGCCGCCUACCAAGUCAGUGGCGAAUUCUCUAUGAUUCACGCUGCUGCCAAAGCCGGAGUGUUUGAUCUCAAGGCGAUGGCUUUCGAAUCUACAGAGAGCAUUCUCCGAGCCGGUGCCACCAUUGUCAUCAGCUACUUCACCCCCCAAUUCCUCGAUUGGCUGGACAACUAAUGUUUCGGAUGAAGAGAUGAAGAGAAAAUAAUGAGCCAUUGUUGGCGGGUAAAGGACAAAAUAAAAUACCAGGGCAAAAAGAUCAGGCGUUUGUUGGCAUUGCAAUUUGAUUGGGCCGACUUUGUAACAUGUGUCGUUAGAAAUCUGCUUUUUACGUCUUUAGAGCGAGGCAUGGGUUAUGAGCGCGAGGGCAAUGAAAUGAUGUAUAUUGAAGUUUUUUCUUUCUUAAUUUAAUCCCCUACUCAAAAAUGGAAACC